AUGUAUAUUACAUUACUACUAUCCAUCAAAGGUUGGUGUGUUUAUAAAACGAAGCUAACCUUCAAAGACGUCUUUUCUGCUCUAAUUUUCGUUUUAAUUUACACGAUUUGCAAUUGUCUUCUUGCUUUAACAACACUUGGCAAAGCAGAAACAAUUAUACGUCUCGUCAGCAUGUUUGCUAUUAUGCUGUAUGUCCGAGAAUUAGUGAUUUCCAUCACAAAAACGAACAUUCAUUUUAUUGCUCAUUUAUAUGUAAUUUCCAAUGCAGGAGUUACACCAACAUCCACUCCCAUAUACGCCAAGUAUAGAGUAUAUAAGCUCCUGAGACUUGCUGUCGCUUUCUGUUGCUUUAAUAUUUCAGUUCGAUUGAUUACAUCUUUAUUUAAUAAUCCUUUCCUAUGGAUUGACCAACUUAUUUUUGAUUUAAUGCAGAUAGCCAUUGACAUCAUUCUUUGUGUUACCUUUAAAUUGAGCAAAUCUGAGUCAAAUGACCAGUAUUUGAUGUUAUCUGAUGAUGAGUAUGAGCAUACUAAACCUGAAGAGCUGCAAUUGACUGAUAUAAAGCAGAUAUCAAUAAAGGAAUUGAUAAAUAAGACAGGAAUCGCAUGGGAAAGAGGAAUUAAAUUACCUAAUGCACCAAUCAUCAAAGACACUGCGCAAAGAUAUGACACAUCUAGAUUACAAGCUGCAAAGAUUAUUAAACCAAUAGAUGAAACAGAUGAUUUUACUGAAAGUACAGAAUCUUUAUCUAAUUUAUAA